ACAUACACGUAUGGUGCCACGGUUUGAUGGCAGGUGGAUGGUAGUGCGCGCUAGUGAACGGAACCGGCAAGCAGUUGCACCAGCAGCACCCAAGCAAUGAUUCAGGUCGACCCGGUUGGAUAUCCGUCAAACGUGAAAGAUGAGUCCAGCGCAGAUGAAGAUAUGAAGGAGAAUGGUUGUACAGAUAACGAGAACACAAUCGCGAAACCGUCGGCGCAAUUGUUAGCGAAGAUGUCGGAGGAAUUUGCCGAAAAGGCGGCAGCGGCGGCUCAGCGGCUCAGCGAUCAUCAUCAUCUUCAUCAUCCGCAUUAUCAGUCCGGUGGGGCGACGGCUACAGGACGCGCCCAUCAGCAGUCCCAGGAUCGGCCCGAUGGCAUCUCACCUAACGAGGAUAAUUUAAGUGAGGAUGAAAACAAUGAGGAUGAGGAAUCGUCGGCGACUGUAACGGUGGCGACGUCCGAUCGACCGGCUGUGAACGAUCGUGCCAGCAGUGAGCAUGACGGUGACGAGGCUGGUGAUGAGAAGGUGAAGGGCGGUGAGUGUACGACCGGCAGGAGUAGUCCACGCUCACCGGUUUCACUGGUUGGGCGUGUCAGUGUAAAUGAAGGGCUCGGAUCGAUGAUGGCGGGCGGUGAUCAUCGAGACGAGCCGUCGAACAUUGCGGCAGCUGCCGCAGCGGCCGCUCUCGGUGGUCCAGCCGCAGCAGCCGCACUGGCAGCGGCGGCCGCAGCAGCAGCCGCAGCAUCGGCAGCGAAAAACACGAACCCUGCCGCUGUUGGUGCAAGCGCCCUAUCUACCGGCGAUUUUAAUCCUGCGGCAGCAUUUGGAUUCCCAGCAGCAGCAACACCCGCCCCCGGCAUGUCUAUACAGGCGUUCCAGAAUGCAAUCGCCCAAUUCACCGCGAACGCACUGGCCAACAACAUGGACAAUGAUACCGUGGUGAAGAAUCUGGCGAUCCUGCAAUCCGCACUGUUCACGCUACAGCAGCAACAGUUUCUACAGUUUCAACUCAUCCAACACCUUCAAUCGCAGCUGGUAAAGAAGCACACGGAAAAGGACGAUACGCCACUGCUCGCCGGUGUCGGUGCAGGACUGGCAGGGCUCGGUGGCAGUGUGGGGGCCGGUGUAGAUAGUGCAACGAUCGGUUUCCUCAACAACAACAAUAAUAAUCACAGCCAACACAAUCACAACAAGGGCAGCUUGCAGCAUCACGCGAACAGUAAUAGCAGCAGUCGACAUCAUCAACACCAUCACCAUCAGCAGGCCCAGCAGCAACCACAGCAACCCCCGACACAGCAUCUGCAGCAAAAUGUCAAAAAUGAGCCGCAAGAUUUGCGGAAAUCGUCGCACGGUUCGGCAGAUCCGGACGAGGAGGACGAGGUGGAGGAAGAAGGGAUUGAGGACGCAUUCAGCAAGAGCUACCAGAUGGCGAACAUGAUGGCGGCGGCUGCGGCAGCGGCCAAAUCGCAUGUACCACCGCACGUUAGUGAACUGUUGCGGCCUUCGAUCCAUCCUGUACCGGAAGAAGAAUUGAGGAAACCGAAAUCAUCGGACACGGGCAGCGGUAUGUUUGGGCUAGGUAGCUCCGAUAAGCGGACAGGCAGUGAACAGUCAACCGGUGGACAAUCGAGUGGAUCUUCGUUAGCAACGUCGGGCUCAUCGGCACCAACGACUCAAUCGCUCGCAUCAUCCCAUUCGACCAACACAACCGGUCGGUCGGAGAAAGAUGAGAUCCUACCGUACCAUCAAGAUCACUCCGGUGCUACGGGGAGUUUCUCAUCCCUAGCGGCAAACAUCAUUACCGAUCAUGCACCAUCAAUGCUCGGUGAACCUAACUCGCUCGCCAUGCUAGAGAAGAAGGCUCAGGAAGUGUUAAACUCCGCCUCGCAGGGCAUCCUCUCGAACAAUCUGCUCGAUGAGCUAGCGUUCGCGAACGAUAAAUCAUCCCCCAAUGGGCGCAACGAUGCAGCACUCUUUAAGCACCGGUGUCGAUACUGUGGCAAGAUCUUUGGUUCUGAUUCCUCGCUACAGAUUCACAUCCGAUCGCAUACGGGCGAGCGGCCGUACAAGUGCAAUGUGUGUGGCAGUCGGUUCACGACGAAGGGUAACCUGAAGGUACACUUCCAGCGCCACUCGGACAAAUACCCACACAUCCCGAUGAAUCCGAACCCGGUGCCGGAACAUCUGGACAAGUACUUCCCACCGCUAAUCCCACAGGAAGCUCUGAAAGAGCAACAGCAACAACAGCAACAGCAGCAACAGCAACAACCGGGCCAAUCACCGUCGCAACCUUCGUCUAUGUCGGCUGGCGGUGGUCCUGGUGGUCCUGGUGGUCCGGGAGGACCGAAUGGGCCUGCCGGUUUCCCUGGUGUUGUAGAUGGGCGUGCACCGCCCGGAUUUCCACCGCGUGGAUUCUUCCCCGACUUUUACAUCCCUCGGCCACCCCAUCCGCAGUUGCAGGAUUUGUUUGGUGCGGCGGCGGCGGCCGCUGCUGCGAAUGAUGCUGCUGCACGGAAUCCGGUAGAUUUGUCACAGAUGAAGAAACCGGUUGAUCCGGUACCGACUCCGGCGCGGGAUGCGACACCGGAGAUGAGGAAUAUGCACUCACCCGAGCUGUCUAACGAUGCACCAACGCCUGGUGCGAAGAUUAAGCAGGAACCGAUGGACGAAUCGUUGGAUCUUUCGGACAAGUCCACGAAGGUGACGGGAGGAUCGGGACGAUCAACUAGCACCCCGAUCCAGCACCAUCGGGAUAUGGACGAGAGUAAGGAUGGUUCGAAAGACGAAGGCCAGAUGAUGGAUCAUUCGGAUCACCUGAAGGAUGACAAUGGACCAUUGGGGCCCGGAGCACUCAGCGCACUGAACACCUCCACCAGUGAGAAAGAAUUCCCGCUAAAGUUGAAAAACAAUUCAAUCGAGAAUUUGGCCACGGUACCGUCGGUUUCGCCCCCGUCGAGUUCUUCCUCUGGCUCACUCUAUCAGGACACGGUGCUGGAUCCCUCUUUCUAUGCGGCGCACCUUCCCCGCCCAGACAGCAAUGACAGUUCGUGGGAGAACUUUAUCGAGAUCUCGUCGGAAACGUCCAAACUGCAGGAGCUGGUGGACAACAUCGAGAACAAGACGUCCGAACCGAACCAGUGUCUCGUGUGCAAGAAGGUCCUGUCGUGCCGUAGCGCCCUCCAGAUGCACUACCGUGUGCAUACCGGUGAGCGACCGUUCCGUUGCAAAAUCUGUGGCCGAUCCUUCACCACCAAGGGCAAUCUGAAGACGCACAUGAGCGUACACCGGAUAAAGCCACCGAUGCGAACGCUUCACCAGUGUCCCGUGUGUCAUCAGAAGUUCUCCAACAUCUUCGUACUGCAGCAGCACAUACGGUUGCACACGGGCGAGAUGACCGAUCUUACGCCGGACCAGAUCAAAGCGGCCGAAAUAAAGGAUUACGAGGGUGGCGUUCCACCACCACCGCAUCCGGAUGCGUUGCGCUUGAAUCCGUUCGGGAUGCGACUUGCCAGCGAGUUCCACCAGCAGCAGCAACAUCUCGCCCAGCAACAGCAGCAACAGUUGCAGCAUCAACAGCAACAGCAACAGCAAAACAAGCGAUCGCUGGAACAUUCGGACGAGGAGAACGAUCACGAGAACGGACCUCGCCCAUCGUCCGUCGAUCGUGGUGUAACGCCGAUCGGCAAAAUGCCCAAAGUUCCCAUCCACGAGAAGCUAAAGGUCAAAACGGGCCUAACCUCACCGGCGAUCGAGAGUCAGGUGGAGGAUCUGCGCACGAUGAACCUUCAGCGGCUCUCGAUGCGAUCACUUCCGCCAGCGGAUGAUUCCUUCUCGCGUGAUUCGUCCUCCGCCAGCCCUACCACCGCCAUGUCUGCCGGGUCCGAAGCGAAGCGGCUCCGUUCGUCCAGCCCCUCCAACACGUCCUCCCCGACGGUACACUCGCGCCGCUCACCGAUCUCAACUCCACCGACGGUUGGUGGUGCGGAGCAGGCGAGUGCGGCCGGACGGGCGGCUGCUGCUGCGGCUGCGGCCGUCGCCUUUCCGUACGGACCGCCGUUCCUCGGUAUGCCCCAGUUCCCGCCAUUCAUCAAUCGGCCGCCAUUCCUUGGCAAUGUUCCGAUCGUGCCACCCGGUUCCAGUAUGCCACCGUUCGGACUGUUCGGCGUUCGUGGAAACACAACAACUUGUAAUAUUUGCUUUAAAACUUUCGCCUGUAAUUCCGCACUCGAAAUUCAUUACCGAAGCCAUACGAAGGAGCGCCCAUUCAAAUGUUCAAUCUGCGAUCGAGGAUUCUCUACCAAGGGAAAUAUGAAGCAGCACAUGCUCACACACAAAAUCCGUGAUAUGUUCGGCAGCUCGGGUGGCAAUUCCGGGGAUGAGUCACGCACCCAAACCCCACCCCAGGACAACCAUUCGCAGUCGUCCAAUGGUUCAGAAUCGCAGCACCACCACUCAUCAUCACACCAGCAGGAUGGCGGUGCUCAGGACUUUUCACCAACCGGUGGACGGGGUGGUGGCGGUGGUGGCGGCGGCCAUCGUUACGGUGACGGAAGUCGUGAACGAUCCAAGUCCGCUGGCUACGAGGAUGGACCAUCGAAACCGUUGCUCGAAAUGGCCCACGGCACGCCGGUACAGGAGAAUGGUUCGAGCAGCAUGGCGUCGAUCGCGUCAGAUCGGGGCAGUUCACCGACCCCGCUGAUGGCGGGCAGUGCGGCCGCUGUAGCAGCGGCUGCUGCAGCUGCUGCUGCGGCCGCCGCCGCUGCCUCCAACAACAACUACAACGAGUACGGCAUGGGUAAGGAGGUGGUCGACCUGAAGAACUGGUGCCAGAAGUUGAAGGAAAUGCCGGAAAAUAUUGCCGCAAGUUGAUAAUGUACGCGCCUGGGCACUUCCGGCUCGGUGGAGGAGGGUUAAAGCAUGAAACACAAUCGAAUUUCUUUACCAAAAAAAAAAAAAA